AUGAUGGAACGUUUCAGUUGCGGCAUGGCGUCAUCCGCAGCGGGAGUGGGAGCACCGGGCAAGCGGAUGGGGCGGGACAGACUGGAAAUUUUCGCGGGAAUUAGGAAACAAAAUCUCAAUGUCAGCAGCAACUUUGGAUUUACGUGCAGGCUGCUACAAAAACACUGCGACAACGCCCAGACGAACCAACGAGCCGCCUGGGAUCUUGUCGAUCUGCUGAAAUGCUUAAAUGCAAAGGAAAAGCUUUUGCUGGCCAAAUACUUCUGUCAAUUGCCAUUGAGCGUUGGCAGCUUUCGAGUGCUGGGCCAGCUGCAACAGCUUAGAAUCCUGACAGCCACGGAAUACAUAUGCAGUAUAGAGAAUGAAGAGCAGCUGCAGGUAAUAUUAAUUGAGUUUCUACAAAACGAAAAUAAGCUGCUGUCUAAUCUAUUCAUUUCGGCUCAUUAUGAUUCGUUAAACAUGCUAAGACUGAACAAUAUACUCGAAAAUGCUUUGAGGAAUCUCUUUAGCGCUCUGGCUGAAAAUCCAAAGAUCGGCAACUUAAACUAUGUGGAGCAUUUGUGUAAAUCUUUACCUGAUGAUGUAUUGGUCAAUGUGUGCAUGCAAAUGCAUUUGAACAUUCUGUUGGAAUUGCAUGAGGCUGCCGAUGUGAGUCUGGCAUUUCAACACUUUAGCGCUUGGAUUAAUGAGGGUGUCGAUGAACUAAUAUUUGUCAAACACAUCACAGGAAAACUCUUGGGCAGCCAUCAACAGGAAGCGUUGUCCCAUCUAUUUAAACUAUCUACCUCCACGAUGUUUAAGCAUUGGAAAUUUUAUAUAAUUUUACUGCAGUCCAUAGCCAGCAGCGGAAAUGCAGACACAAUUACAUUUAUUAAAAAGUACCUUAAGAAUCGUCUGCAACAUGUGGCUAGUCUGGGCUGUCAGCUCUCCUUGUUGCAUCUAUUACUGACGGCACGCGCUGCUGCAGCUACAACCAUGAAUAUACAACAGAAUUUGGAUAACUAUGCUCAGUGGUACAAGCAAAACAUUGGCGAAAUGACCUAUGUGCUGAGCUCUGAGCAAUUUCAAGUAGUUUUAAAUAUUUUAGAAGAUUCCAUACAUUACGAACAAGAAAUUGAUUAUGUUGAGAUUCAUGCAGCGAUUGCCAUUUCGCCUGGUGGCAAACUCGUGCAGUCCUACAAAACCAAAUGCAAAGCGCAUUUGGCACGUUUAAAAGCUGCCAACAAGCAAAAAAAUGUUAAAUAA